UAGCGGCGGCUGAGGCGGAGCUGGGUCUGAAUGAAGGCGCCGCGGGCCAGGGGCCACCGGCGCCGCUGAGCGCCUCGGGGCCGCGCGCGCCCCGCGCCCCUUCUCUCCCUCCCCUCCCCGCGGGCAGGUCAGCGGUGGCGGCCGCCCGGGUCCCGCCAUGUCCUACAACAAGAUCCCGCCGCGCUGGCUCCACUGCCCCAGGAGGGGGCAGCCCGUGGCAGGGAAGUUUUUACCUUUGAAGACAAUGUUAGGACCAAGAUAUGAUGAACAGGUUGCUGAAGAGAAUCGUUUUCACCCGAGUAUGUUGUCCAACUACUUAAAGAGUCUGAAGGUUAAAAUGGGUUUACUGGUAGACUUGACAAACACCACUAGAUUCUAUGAUAGGAAUGAUAUAGAGAAGGAAGGGAUUAAAUAUAUAAAGCUCCAGUGUAAAGGGCAUGGUGAGUGCCCUACACCUGAGAAUACAGAGACAUUUAUCCGUGUUUGUGAACACUUCAGUGAUAAGAAUCCCUCAGAGCUUAUAGGUGUCCAUUGCACUCAUGGUUUCAACAGAACUGGAUUUCUGAUCUGUGCCUUUUUGGUUGAGAAGCUGGACUGGAGUAUUGAGGCUGCUGUGGCUACUUUUGCUCAGGCUAGACCACCAGGAAUUUAUAAAGGUGACUACUUGAAGGAGUUAUUUCGUCGUUAUGGAGAUGAAGAUGAUGCACCAUCGCCGCCUGAGCUGCCAGAAUGGUGCUUUGAGGACGAUGAAGAGGAAGAUGACGACAAUGGUAAAACAGGAGGCCAGGAAUCAGAACCUGGAUCAUCAAGCUCUUCUUUUGGCAAGAGGAGAAAAGAACGCCUAAAACUGGGUGCAGUUUUCUUGGAAGGAAUAACAGUUAAAUGUGUGACCCAGGUGACAACACAACCAAAGCUAGGAGGAAUACAGCAAAAAUGUCAGCAGUUCUGUGGAUGGGAAGGGUCUGGAUUCCCUGGAGCACAGCCUGUUUCCAUGGACAAACAAAAUAUAAAGUUUUUGGAGCAGAAGCCAUACAAAGUUAGCUGGAAAGCAGACGGCACUCGGUACAUGAUGCUGAUUGAUGGGAAGAAUGAAGUUUACAUGAUUGAUAGAGACAAUUCUAUUUUUCAUGUGUCUAAUUUGGAGUUUCCAUUUCGCAAAGAUCUCCGCACACAUCUAUCAAAUACUCUUCUGGAUGGGGAAAUGAUCAUCGACAAGGUUAAUGGACAAGUUGUCCCUCGGUACUUGAUAUAUGACAUUAUUAAGUUCAAUGGCCAGCCUGUGGGAGACUGUGAUUUUAACGUUCGGCUCGCAUGUAUAGAGAAAGAGAUUAUAUUUCCACGCCAUGAAAAGGUGAAAAGCGGUCUCAUUGACAAAGCACAGGAACCAUUCAGCGUUCGGAACAAACCAUUCUUCGACAUCUACGCUUCUAGAAAGCUCCUGGAAGGAAGCUUUGCUAGAGAAGUUAGCCAUGAAGUGGAUGGACUCAUAUUUCAGCCUACUGGAAAAUACAGGCCUGGUCGAUGUGAUGAUAUUUUGAAAUGGAAGCCCCCCAGCCUGAACUCUGUGGAUUUUCGCCUGAAGAUAACAAGAAUUGGUGGAGAGGGGCUACUCACCCAGAAUGUUGGCCUUCUUUAUGUGGGAAACUUUGACAGACCCUUUGCACAAAUUAAGGUGACAAAAGAACUGAAACAGUAUGACAAUAAAAUUAUAGAGUGCAAGUUUGAGAACAACAGCUGGGUCUUCAUGAGACAGAGAAUAGACAAAAGCUUUCCCAAUGCCUACAGCACUGCCAUGGCUGUGUGCAACAGCAUCCAGAAUCCAGUCACCAAGGAGAUGCUGUUCGAAUUCAUUGACAGAUGUGCAGCAGCUUCUCAAGGCCAGACGCGGAAGCACCACCUCGAUCCCGACACUGAACUCAUGCCACCCCCACCGCCCAAAAGGCCGCGUACCAUAACAUAGGAACUUGCCCUCAGCCGGGAGCGUGUUUACAGUCCUGCAGAAGGUGAAAAGCAAGUGUGAAGGCUGGG